AUGCUAGAAAGAAUAAGACUAUGGGCUGAAACUAAUAGUUUAGUUCCAAUCGAACAGUCGGGAUUUCGUCCAGGUUGUCUUCUCCCUACCAAAGUUCUAUCUAUAUAUCAAGAAGUCAAAAACAAUAUGACAGCAAAUAUUCCAACGCUAGCAAUUUAUGUAGACUAUCAAAAGGCCUACGAUAAAGUGUGGCAUAAAGGUCUUAUCGUAAAACUCAACAGACUCAGUAUUCCUUUAAGACUAUUAAAAUUAAUUGUAUCGUGGCUAAAUGAUCGACGUCCAUAUGUUAUAUUUGGAGAGAACAAGUCGGAUAUAUUUUACACUUAUGUCGGUCUGCCUCAAGGUAGUAGUUUAAGUCCAUUCUAG